UUCAUUCAAGAAUGUCUUACAAGCCCUUUAUUGCUAGAGGUUUGUUCUCUCCGGCCAAAACCAUGCCAAUGGAAAACUAUCUAGUUUGUGAAAAGGGCAAUGUUUCAUUGGAAUUGUCUCUUUCACUUGAUUAUACGUCCACUGCAACUGAUAAGGGGAAAGAAGAAAUUCAUCACAAGGAUAUUUCUGAAGUUGGUAAGAGUAAUUAUACCAAUGAUCAUUGUCAAAGAGAAGAAAAUAAGAUGAACACCUGCAUGGAGAAGAACAGCGGAAGUUUUUCUUUGGAACUGAGCGAUGUUGCAUUAGAAUCGUCUCUUUCGGGGAACAGCAUUGGGGUUUCCAAAGGAAAGAGUCCUGCAACUGAUAAACAGAACCAAGAACACAAUGUCAGUAACAGCCCCAAGGUUGGAGGUCUUUCCUUGCAACACAAUUUGGGUUAUGAUGAUACUCGCACUUCCAAGAAGAGAGAAAGAGUGGAGAAUCCUAGCAGCAAAAGAAAAGUUUCGUCCUGCAGAAACAAGAGAAAUAAAGUUGAGAGAGAAGAAAAGAAUAAGGCAGUUGGGGCUGAAUUGAGGGUUGGCCAUGGUCCUUGGUGCAUUAAGAAGCAGCUCUUCGGAAGUGAUCUUGGCAACAUGUCUAGGCUCUUGUUGGCAUCGGAGGACGUAGAAUCUCAUGUUUUUCCUUUCUGGAAUGCUGAUCAACUUACAAGAAUUAAGGAAGGGUUGCCAGUUUCUGUGUGGGAUUGUGAUACAAGGACUGAACAUGAGCUGGUUUUCAAGCAGUGGAACAAGGGGGCUAAUGUGCUUAUCAAGAAUUGGGUCAAGGACUUUGUUAAGAGGAGGAAACUGAAGGUGGGUGAUGAGAUUGGCCUUCACUGGGACAUAUGCAAUUCAAGAUUCAAAUUUGCUGUUCUUAACCGAGCUGCGAGCCAUUAA